AUGGCCUUACGGUUGGCGUACGCGUUGAGUGGAUGUCUUGAGCGGCGGAUCAGUUGCCUGAUGACCAUGCCUGUAUAUAGUGUGCGGACAUACAGUCGCACCAUUCCCUCAGUGGAUACACCUGACAGCACCGGUAGGCCCGCAGAUAUUAGUGACACAAACUAUUGUCUCAUAAGUGGUGAGAGGAAUGGCCGCAAGAAGUAGUCAUACAAUGAAUGCACAGAAAGUCUAUCCGAAAGACAGUAUCGACCGCUUCGGCGAUGAUUUGUGUCAACACUUAUUGUCUUUCCUAUCACUCUCUGACCGGUUCCGAUGUGAAUGUGUGUCCAAACAGUGGCAGAGAGUCGUAUAUAAGACACAACAUGAGCUGA